AUGUCGGCGGCGGAGGGCGGCUGGGACGGGAAUCGGCGGCGGGGGGGCGCUGGAGGCAGCGGCUCGGGCGGAGGGUGCAGCGGGGACGGGCCCGGGGCGGUGCCGGCCGGGGGGCUCCUCAACCGCUUCGUCCAGCUGCCGAGCAGGCCCCACCUGGCAGGCUCUAAGAAGAAAAUACGAUUGGUCCUAAUUAGACGCUUCCCUCGGUCUCGUCCCAUCCUAAAGGUCCGUAAGAGGUCUUUCAGAGCAGGUCACCGAGCCCCACCAGCAAGGAGCGGCCAUCGUUGCGUCGCAGAUAACGCUAACCUGUACGUGUUUGGAGGGUAUAACCCGGACUACGAUGAGUCUGGCGGGCCAGAGAAUGAAGACUACCCUCUCUUCAGGGAACUUUGGCGAUAUAACUUUGCGACAGGUGCAUGGCAUCAAAUGGGCACCGAGGGCUACAUGCCUAGAGAACUAGCAUCCAUGUCACUUGUGUUGCACGGGAACAAUCUGUUGGUAUUUGGCGGCACUGGGAUCCCAUUUGGGGAGAGCAACGGCAACGACGUCCACGUCUGCAACGUGAAGUACAAGCGAUGGGCACUGCUCAGCUGCCGAGGGAAGAAACCCAAUCGAAUAUAUGGACAGGCUAUGGCUAUCAUUAACGGAUCCCUGUAUGUUUUUGGAGGAACAACUGGUUACAUUUAUAGCACAGAUCUACAUAAAUUAGACCUUAACACUAGGGAAUGGAUACAACUGAAACCAAACAACAUGCACUGUGACAUGCCGGAGGAGAGGUACAGACAUGAAAUUGCACAUGAUGGUCAGAGGAUUUAUAUCUUGGGAGGUGGAACUUCCUGGACUGCUUAUUCCUUGGAUAAGAUCCAUGCAUACAACCUUGAAACAAACACCUGGGAGGAAAUUGCAACGAGACCUCAUGAGAAAAUAGGUUUCCCAGCAGCCAGAAGAUGCCACAGUUGUGUACAAAUAAAAAAUGAUGUGUUUGUCUGUGGGGGAUAUAACGGAGAAGUGAUAUUGGGAGACGUCUGGAAGCUGAAUCUUCAAACUUUCCAGUGGGUGAAACUCCCAGCUGUCAUGCCUGAACCAGUUUAUUUUCACUGUGCUGCUGUCACACCAGCUGGCUGCAUGUACGUCCACGGAGGGGUGGUCAACAUCCACGAAAACAAACGGACUGGCUCCUUAUUUAAGAUGUGGCUAGUAGUCCCCACCCUCCUGGAACUGUCAUGGGAGAAGCUGUUGGGAUUCUUCCCUCAUCUAGCAACUCUUUCCAGAUCGCAGCUUUUGCACCUUGGCCUCACACAGGGACUCAUUGAGCGAUUGAAAUGAGAGCUCUUCGCUGUUCUCACUCUGCCCUAGAAACACUAAAGAGACCCCCUCCCCCCAACCCUUUAUGGAUGCCGCUGCUAAGGAGACGGGAGGACCCUGCUCUCAGCGCCUUACUCAGCAAA